AUGAUCUCCCACACGGAUCAGGAGGGGCCUUGCUUCUCCCACCUCCUCACCCAUGAAGGGACAAGCGGUACCUGUCCAGCUGAAGACAGGAUUGUGAGCAAGGAAGAGGAAAAUGCCCACAGAGGCAUCCCUGGGCCAGUGGAGCCUGAGGGUUUCCUCUCAGGACUCUCCAAGGAGAACAGUUCACAGAGUCCUGUGCAGGACUCAGUCCUCCCAUGCAAGACAGAAAGGGUUCAGAGACCUCUGGGGAAGAGGCAAAGCCGAGUGACGCUGCGUGGAAAAAGUUUCAGAAGGCUGCCAGAUACCCAGCAGAGAAAUCCUUCUGUGGGGAGGCUGACGAUAUGUGGGGACUGCGGGAAGAGCUUCCGGGUGAGCUCCAACCUCGUCCAGCAUCGGAGAAUCCACACUGGAGAGAAACCCUUCGCCUGCCAUGAGUGCGGAGAGAGUUUCCGACAGCGGUCACAUCUCAUCCAGCACCAGAGAAUCCACACAGGGGAGAGGCCCUUCGAGUGCUCCGAGUGCGGAAAGAGCUUCAGCAUGAGCUCGAAGCUGAUCCGUCACCAGGUGACCCACACUGGGGAGAAGCCCUACACGUGUGCUGAGUGCGGGAAGAGCUUCUCCGGGAACUCGCAGCUCGUCCAGCACCAGCGAGUGCACACCGGGGAAAAACCCUACGAGUGCAGCGACUGCGGGAAGAGCUUCAGUGUGAGCUCAGCCCUGACGCGACACCAGCGGGUCCACACCGGGGAGAAACCCUACGAGUGCAUGGACUGUGGGAAGAGCUUCAGCCAGAGCUCUGAGCUCAUGAAGCACCAGCGGGUCCACACCGGGGAGAAGCCGUACAAGUGCUCCGAGUGCGGGAAGAGCUUCACCGUGAGUUCAGCCCUCAUCCAACACCGGCGCUUCCACAUGGGUGAGCGCCCCUAUGGGUGCACAGAAUGUGGGAAGAGCUUCACCGUGAGCUCCCACCUCAUCCAGCACCGCCGCUUCCACACUGGGGAGCGUCCCUUUGAGUGCACUGAGUGCGGGAAGAGCUUCCUGUGGAGAUCAGCCCUGCUCCGGCACCGCCGGGUCCACACAGGGGAGAGGCCCUAUGCCUGUGCCGACUGCGGGGACAGCUUUCGGCAGAGCGCCCACCUCAUCCAGCACCGGCGCAUCCACACUGGGGAGCGUCCCUACGCCUGUGCCAACUGCGGGAAGGGCUUCACAGUGAGCUCUGCGCUGCUCCGGCACCAGCAGAUCCACAGGGGUGGGGAGCACUAG